AUGCCGUCCCUUAGCAACGGCCCGACUCGAUGGCUGUUCCAGACUCCCGUGGAUGACGGCCACAUCUCGCUGCGCCUCAAGCACGGCAUUCACACAAUAUUCAUGUUCGCAGAUGCACAGGCGCCCAUGUCCGAAAUCACCAAGGAGCUGCUUGAACUUCUGAGCGAACGAUAUCCAGAAGGCCUCACCACAGUUGUGUCGCCGCUCAAGACUAUGGCAAUCCCUGCAAAUCCCAGACUGGCCUAUGGAGUUCUCAACGUGCCCAACGACCCCUCCAGGGGAUGGAAAAGAAUCAAGACAGGCGAGGACGAAAGCAGCACCCCAACUGCAUGUGGGUUAAAGAACAACAGCAUCGUGGCAUUCAGCUUUGUGUCGGGCCUCGAAGACGAGGAUGUGUUGUUUGAGGUGGAAUGGCCCAAGGACGACGACGAAAUGUACGACCAAGCAGGGUGA